GUUACAGGACUUUUUGUAAUAUUUGUGAGGAUUGUUUUGUUCCCCGUGCAGUUAAAAGCAGUGGUGCGGUCCGAUAGUAUUGAAGGCAAAGCUGGAAACAGUUUGUUUUCACCCAGAGGAAGAAGCGUUGCUGCAUUCACCGCUGCAGCACCGGAUUUUAAAAACGGUUGUAACAUUUGUUUUAUACCUGGUUGGGUUUUCUGUCAGCAGCUGUCUUAGCUCGCCAUGGCUCUGUGCGGGGGUGUUGGAGCCAUGGCUUUGCCCAGCGAGCUUAUCGUCCAUAUAUUCUCCUUUCUGUCCGACCGAGACAAGCUCCGGGCCUCGGCCGUGUGUUCCCGAUGGAGGGAGUGUCUCUUCUACCCCGCGCUGUGGACCGAGCUCAAACUGCGGAUAGGUGGUGGUUGUAACGGCGGCGAGGAGACCCCGAGGCUGGAGUUCCUCAUGCGCAAGUUCGGCUCCUUCGUGCGGGAGCUGCAGCUGGAGCUCGCCCCAGUGGAAGGCUACCUUAGUCCCCUGAACAACGAGCCGUCCUCCAGCAGGAUGGAGCAGCCUGACAGCGACCCGCAGCUCUCCGAGCGGUGGAGAGACGCCAUGGCCACCUACUUGGACCAGGUGUUGUGUGUGUUCUCCAGCAUCCGCAACAACAGAAACCUGCGGAAGCUCAGUCUGUAUGGAGACACCUGUGUGCUCCAGCAGGAGGGACUACUGGACAGCUCCAACCUGCACCAAAUUCACCAGGGACACAAAAAGAUCAAUGAGAUUCAGCAGUUGUUCAUGGAGUUUCUGUCUAACAGCAGGCAGCUGAGGUGGUUGUCCUGUAGUUUCAUGCUGGGUCUGGUGACUCCCUGCUCCUUAGCCUGCCUGUCAAACCCUUCAGCUGAGACCCUGCAGCACCUCAGUUUACUGGACCACCAGCUGGGUCCCCUCAUCUCACCAUCAGAGUUGGAUCGUCUAUCUAAUCUUCAUUCUCUGGCUCUGGAUUUCUCUGAUUUGACAUCUGAACUUUGUGGUCUGCUGGCAUCUCCACGUCGAACUCCGCUGCAUCGCCUCUCCCUGCUGCUCAACGGCGCCGCCCUGGAGUUCAAACCAUUAGAAGGGACAGCUACAGAGGACGACUGGAAGGCACUGAUUCGUGUGAGUGCCAACCUGCGAGUGUACAUCAUGGCCCUGGAGGUGGACAGCUCAGAGCUCCUCAGGGUCCUAAAGCCUAGCCUUCCUCUGGAGCGCCUCCACCUUGACAGCUACAGCACACUGGUGACCGACGCUACGUUGGAGCUCAUCUCUCAGCAGUACAACAAAACGCUGACUCACUUCCUGCUCCUGAGAGAUGACCCCGACUUCCCUGACCUCAGCAUCAAUCGGAACGAAGACCCGUUAGUCCUCUUGGCAUGGAGAUGUACUCAGCUGACUGUCCUCGUAAUGCAUGGUUACACUGUUUGGUCCCAUAACCUGGUGGCCAUCUCUCGGCUGCGCGGCUCCAGCCUUCGCGUCCUCACCGUCUCUGAGGAGAGCAUCGACUUUGAUCCGGACCAGUCAGUGUGCAUGGAGGGCGACCCGGUCCACAACCUGGUCAAGGAGGUUUCCCUGGGGCUCGGCCGUGUGUGGCACCCUUGCCUGGAUUCCAGCCUGGUUCUGUCCGAACCCACCCAGCACUUCCACCGCGAGCUGCACGCCUUCAGCAUGGGCAUGUAGGCAGGGACGACAAGUCCAACACAUCACAGCCUAAACCGUGUCAAGACCAGGCCAGACCAACCAAGUCAACUCAGACCUCUGAACCAGGCCUAAAGCAGAACUAAGUGAGAUAUCUAAACUGGAUCUUAAAACAAUCUAAGAAAACAUUUAUGUGAACUGAUGUGAGCCGAUUGUUUUUAUUUAACUUUUAUUUUUUGUGUUUCUCUCACAUUGGUUUUAGCACACAAUCAGGUCCUAACAUUUUCCAAAUCAUUCCCUGUUUUCUUGCUUUGCCUCUUGAUUAUCUAGUUAGCCAGUGACUUGGAAAAAAACAGAUGAAAUCUUUGAUGUUUUAAAUAAAUUUUCCAAUUAAGAAUAUCCCUUUAAAACUGUAUAUUCUAAUUAAAACCUAAUAUUCAGUUUGAAGUCAUACCACUCCAACCACAGACAAGACUUGAGUGAUGACGAUUUUUAUAUGUCUGCUAAAAUGGGUCACUCGGCUGUGUCAAAUGCCCUCCUGUCCGGCAUGGCCCAGUCUGGUCUGGUCUUGAUCGACAAGUAUUCAGAGCUCGAUGUCUCUCUUUCACCUUAACAACCUCCAGAGCCUCUGUAUAAUGUAACUUUGAUUUGUUUUCUCUUUUUUUUUUUGACUGUUUUUCAUCUCUCCCUGCUCUGUGUAUAAUACUGUUUUUUUCCUGUGUGGUGGUUCCCUUGCCUGUAUAGGCUUUGUGUGUAUUUAAAUCCAGAUAUAUUAUUAUCCUGCUCACAGCUAGAACAGGACAGGCAGGCGGGUUGAGUGAUGGACUGGUGGGAUUUGAGGGGGAAUGCAUUAGUUGUGGAAGCAUUUUUCUUUUCUUUUCUUUUUUUUUUCAAAUUUAAACUUUGCUCUUUGGUCUGUCCGCCUGCUCCUCUCAAGCAAACAUUGGAGUUUGUGAACUAACCAAUCAAUCACUUCCUGGGUAACACAACCAUAGCUGCUUCUUCUGUUGCUCCGAAAGAGCACUAUGUGCACUUGUCCACUAGUUCGAGAGCCUUGGCAGCAGGGUGGGAAUCUCCACUGUAAUGUGGCUGACUGUGGCAGGUGCUUAUCAGUUUUCUGCAGCAACCAUGUCCGUGCUGUGACUUCUGAUCAUUUGUAAAUGGUUUUAUUAAGGAUUUUGACUUACUGAUGGUGUUAUGGAGAAUAUUGUUACAUGCUUGCAGCCAACACAGCUCCCACCCUGCUCGCUUGUCAAUAGGGAGUCUCGUCUUCCGACUGAAAUUCAAAGCCAACUAUAAAAAUCAGCAACAAGUCCCAUACUCUACUAUUCUACUAUUUUGAUCUGUAGUUAGCUGGCCGUAAAUGUUUGCAUCUUUUGUCUAUAUUCAGGAUGAAUAUGAUGAUAUGUCUUUGCUCCCCCUUUAGAGGUCAAACUUUCUGACUGGUGUCACUGGUUCCAGAGCACUUUUGUAUUCGCAUGUCAAGUCAAAGAGCGUGCAUCACGAUAUGAAAGUCUCUGAGAUUAGAAAACCUUCAAAUACUUGUGCAUUAGUACUAAAGAGGAAAUAGGUUUUCAUUCCAUAAUGCCAUAUAUUUCAAUUUGAGAGAUCUCUGUGACUCAUCCCAAAUUCUUGGUGCGGCCAUGCAAACAACACAAGUAUUCUGUAGGCUCAGAAGGUGGCAAAUUCCAAACCCAGGUUUUGCAGCCACGCCAGCAGUUCUGUAGACAGGACCUAGUUUUUCUCAACGGUGGAUUUCUUGUUUUGAACUUUCUUGAUAAAGAACAGGAAAAAGAAAAAGGAUGCACUGAAUGUAACUAAACUUUCAUUCUGUUGGCCAGUCAGGUUUUUGUUCUAUAUUGAAGGCUUACUGUAUAGCUAUAUUUGCCUCAGAAAUGUGGCGAUGCAUAUCUUGCCACACCAGUCACGGCUGCUGAAUACAUGUUUGGACAUUGUAGGUUCCACUGAUAGCCAAUACUGGUUAUUUUUUUCCAAGAAGUUGCACCUACAGCACAACAAGGUUUUAGAACAUGUGACGAAUAAUAUUCUGUCAGUCUCAGGUAGGCACUUAACAUCACUAUGACCAGGACAGGUGGUGAUGAUGUCGAGGAGGGUGUGUGAAACAAUCAGUUAGUGUGAGAUAUUGUUUUGUUUAUUAUUAUUAUUAUUAUAAUUAUUAUAAUUUCCUCUUUAGUCACAGUUGCCUUGGAAAAAUCCCCUUGUUUUCUGGUUGUUGUUGUUAUUAAUGAUGUUGUUUAUCUUGCCAUCCGAUAAACCCUCGCUCCACCUUGGUUGGGAGGGAGGUCAGUAAACCUAAUCAUACAUUUGUUUUCAAAGAUUAAGGUUGAUAAAGACUGAAGAAUGGCAAAAGCAGUCGGCUCAUUGCACAUGUUAUAUAUCUCCAGUAGAGGUUGUUGCGGGCUGUGAAGUGACGAAAAUCCAUGCUGUCGAUGGAGAGGACCUGCUGGGCCCAAUUAAUGUCUGAACUGAAUGUAGUCCAUUUUUUGGGGUGGAAGGACUUGUGAUGGGCACAGGGGAUCUGGCUGUGCAACCGGCUUGUUCCUCAGGCUUUCAUUGACCAGGGGGAAGGCAAGACUUUGAUUGAAUCGUAGUCUCUUUUAUUGUCUGAUUCUAUCUUUUGAAAACUACUUGGGAGAUGCCUUUCCCUUAAUAAAUGAAGGACAAGCAUGCCAUGGUCAAAACACUGCCCAACAAUUAUCUUGUGCUCCACACAAACCUUAUUGUGACCGGUCGAUAACUGGGCCAAGUAUUGUUACAUCUGAUCACCGCUGAAGGGUUUUAACAGCUGUGGUACAUCGGUGUCUUACUAAGGGGUUUCUUGAGCCGAGUUUUGAAAGAAAAGCCAAAGUUGGGUUUGACUCUAGAGCACCUAACUUUCAUGAGUAAAUGUUGUGAGGAAGAUUUCCCUCCCAAAUGACUUCAGCUCACUCGUUUUGCACACCAUGGCGCUUUAGAGGUCGGGGCAAUGGCAUCGCAGACUGUGAAGGUCCAUAUCAAGGUCUGUAGUUUACAAGGUUGACCUGCAAUUUAUUUUUAUUUCCCCAUAGACUGAUAUGGAACCUGAGUUAUACAGUGUGCCAGCACUUUGCUUGGUUCAGAAUGAAUUGGUCCCAGUGGUGGGCCCUGUGGUUACCAAAUGUUUAGCUCAUCUGUUAAGAGGUCCUUGAUGGUUUAGCCAUGAUAAUCUCUCAAGUCCUUGGUCCAUAUCUCAGGAUAAAUGCACUCUGGUACCAAGAGUUACUUUUUAAAGGCUGUCUGUGGCUGUAUAUACAUAGAGCUGCACACUCAGUGGGGAAAGCAAUACCAACAUAACACAUUGAGACCAAAAUAUGUUGGUUUUUAUCUUAUCUUCUUCCUCCCCUCCGCUAAUCUUUCCUCUCGUCUCGUGUUUUUAGAGCUCAACUUGUGAAGUAGAAGCUGUUAUAGGUUUGUAUUGUGUAUUAGCAUCACCUGAUCAGGAGAGAGGAAUUACAGCAGUCUAACGUUGAAUGUAAAUUCAAAGCAGAUGUUCAUCUGAGCUGAGCGAAUAGAUUUAUUUUUACAAACAACUCAUUUUAAAAGGUGAUUUUACAAACCCCGCCCACCAUGUGUGCUUCCUCCUCUGGUCCUUGUCUUCUCAAGUCCACGCAUGUUGUUGGCUCUACAUUUAGAUGUCAGAUCUCAUUGUUUGGGCCGUCCAAAUAAGCCCAGAAUAAACAGAGGGGCUGCGGUCGGCAUAAAACUUUAUUUAACUAUUAUAUUCCCAUUUGGAAAAAAUGUAUAAGAAAUGCUGUUUAAAUCAUAAUUUUUAGAGGGAUAAAGAUGGAAGAUGAUGUAGAAGUAUGCAUGAGAGCAGAAAGGCAUUGCAAAACAAUGUCUUGUUUAUUAUUUCAUCUAUUAGUUUUUGUUUCUCUACCAAAAAAAACCCCAUAAAAAAUGUAGUGCAGUCGGCACAAAGAGAGCUCUGUGUCGACCUUACAAGGAGAGAAGAGGUGAGACAAAGUUCUGCCAGGAAGGCAAAUAACUUUACACUCAUAGGCAAAUGUGAUCAGAGUAUGGCAUAGCAAUUUUAAAAACUCCUAUCAGUGGAAAAACGACUUAUCCCUGAUCCCUUUGUGUCAUCACUAAUACCUAAAUAUUGAGCCAUCUUGUGCCUGAAAGCUUCUGGAGUCUGACUGCUUUUCAAACCUCUGCUCUCCCCGACUUAUCAGCUUUGUGUUGUGUAUAGUUGUUGCUGUGAUUGUUAGUUCACUCUUAAGGGAAGCAGCAUUAGAAGCUACAGUAGCUAGUGUUUCAGAACAUGUUACAGCACACACGUGUUUUAAUUUCUCUCGGAGCGUGCCUGUGUUUUCUGUGCACGUUUUCAUGUAAGCUUUCAAAAGUGUACCCAGUAGAAACGUGGGAAUAUGUGUGUGUGGAAAAAGGUGUCAGCAGUGCAGCCGUCAUGUUUUCUGCAUGCGUGUGUGUGUAUGUGUGUGUAUUUAAGAGGGGGGAGGCUUGCUCGUGUUCAGCAGUGUAGUCUUAUCACUCGUACUGCAGCAGGAAACCGCAACAGAAAUCCUUCGUUCUCAGGGUACAAUCGGUUUUCAAAAAGAGGAGGAGGAGGAGGAAGAGGAGGGGAAGUUACAAUAGCUCAGGCCUCUAGCCCACUCACAUGAAUAGUAGGAGUCACUGGAUCUGUUCUCCUCCCCUUGAUGUGUUUUAAGUUGCCAAAGACCACAGUGGAACAAACUUAACCCAGACACAAGUCUAUCUGAAGUGCCCAUGUACACACACACUGGCAGGAGGCUGGUCCAGUAUUCUUUCCUACUCUAAACCUCCUUUUUUUUAGUACUUCCUGUUCUGACAUUUCUUUGUUUUUCCUUCCUCUUAGUGGUUCAACUCCACUCUCCCAUUGACUACUACCACUCUGUUCAUAUAAUAUCAACUGUACUGUGCUGGACUAGGUAAAAUGUCAACAGUUUUGCUCUGUGGUUGGCGUGAAAAGAGACCAAAUCAAACCUGUAAAAAUGUUUAUUGCUGCAUCUGUUGUGCAGAAAUGUUGGAGUUCACGCUAGCUGUAUAGAAUGUGUAGUAUGGUUUCCUCCCUGUGAAUGGCACUAAGGGUUCACACUGCUUGUUGCAGAAGCAUUAAAGAGCAAAGCUCAGCCUUCCCAGUCCAGUGCAGUGUACUUCUAUAAUGUGGCCGACAGAGGCUUUAGCAGAGAGGUCUGACCACCAUAUUCCUCCCUCUCUCUCUCUCUCCCCAAUCCACCCCCCGCCAUCACCUGUUUCACUGUGAGGAGUGAGUGAAUGUAAAAACUAAAAGGCGAGGAGGACGAGGAGUUUGUACACGUCAGGGACUAAAACACUUCCUCAGAUGCUUCCUGAAGCUACUUUCUGACAGAGUGUAGCUUCCCAGCUGGGACACGGGCCAGCGUGCCCGAUCUGAUAUGUUGCAUGACUAGCCAGCCGCCAAGGUCAAAUGUGACGGGAUGUGUUGAGUCCUAGGGUUUAGGAGCUGUAAAGUGAUUCGCUGCUAGAGAUCUGCUGGAAACAGGACAUUCCACACGGGGGGGGGGGGGGUCACUCAGGCUUCUUACAGUUUACUACAAUUUCUGCAUGAAAAUUAGACUCUAUAUAAAUAUAUAUUCUAUUUUCUUUUUACUUUGAAUGGUCUAUGUUUGAAGGGAUAGCAGGACGCUGCUAGUGUUGACCAGUCACACCAGAUUACCAGCUGGUCUGAGCAGAGUGGAGGUGUGAUACCAUUUAGAAGUUAAAGCGUGUCGCUCUUUUCUUAAAGGUCAACUGUGUUUCUGUGAUGCCAAGCUUUGCUUUCACCUGAUGCUUCUGCAUCCUGAGGCCAUUUUUGGGACCUUUUGUGUCUGGUACACAAAAGACCCCAAGUGUGAAAGCGACUUACACUGACUGUGUGCUGAAUAUAAGGACAAGCUUCCCUUUAUAUCAUACUAUCAAUCUACCAGAUUAAAGAACAUCAAUCAUAAUUAAAGCCCAACUGAUGCUGGGUUUUCGGAGCCGAUACCAAUAUUAGGAAGUAAAAAAAUCAGAUCCAUCCGCCCAUGUAAUGUAUAUACCUGUGACAUUACCAAUACACUCCUCUGUUAUCAUGUAUAGGCAGAAUUGGCUUAACAGUUUGCUAAAUUUGUUGUUUUAUGAUUGAAAAUGACAAAUGUUACAUUUGACGCCAGCUGCAUGUAGUUACAUUGACUUUAAGCUCUUUUCCCCAGUGUUGAAUGACACUAUAGAGUUGACCUUGCUGAGAACAGCUCUGCUGGACAAACUAUGUGGUGACUCCAUUUCUAAAUGACUAAAGCAUCUUAUCUGCAUUAUAAUCUGCCAAUACAGAUAUAGCUGUGAUAAAUCGGCCUAUGAAAUCAGUAGACCACUAUACUGGUCGGCCUCUAAUCACGAUAAAGUAAGAGGAAGUUCGUCUGCGUAUUUAGUACACAGAUUAAUACACACAGUAGCCACAGUACAUUUUCACUAUGGAGACACAGGUGCACCUUGAGUGUGGGCUGGAUUGUUUCUACACUAUAUGCAGACUGAGGUUUGGGCAUGACCAUACUAUGCUGACUGACACACAGCUAGCAGAGCCUUACGUUUAAUGAGUUCUGCCAUUUAAGAUGACUGAAUGGUUUGCAGGCUCCAGAGGGGAGAUGAAGUGUGUUAUUCAGGAGACUAUUACCAGCAGUUACUGUACAUUAAUGUGAUCACAGCCACUUCAGUCUGCCCUUUUGACCUGUUUAUGUUGUGUUUAUAUGCAUUCAUUGAGGAAUCCUGGAAGUUAUCAGGACCCCUGUGGCCCGAUGGGUAAUUGAAUCCACAGAGCUGGCCUCUAAUGUAGUCCAUCUGAGACAGUUGGCCUUGUUGUGAUGGGAGAGCUGUAGAUAAGCAGGGAUCUGGGCACAACUGUCGUUACACAAAGAGCUGGGUUUGACACUUCUGUGCUGAUACUUCACAGCCAAUACUAAUACCAUUGACAUGGACAGAUGUGUGUUAUUUUAGUACCAAAGCAGCAGACUGUGUCAGAUGUGCAUCAGUCGAAACAGGCCCAGAGCCACAGACACACAUCAGACGUGAGCAGUUUCAGUUCCACUUUAAUUGAUGCUCAGUCUCAAUGCCAACUAGAGUGUGUGUACUGUUGACUCUAGGGAUGUUUGCAAUGUUUUUGGAAAGUACAACUCUCGAUUCUGAAAAAGUUGGGAAACGUAAAUAAAACAGAAUGCGAUACCUGACUGAAGAAAGACAAUAUAUUUUGUUCAAACUGAUAAAGGUUUGUUUUUGUACUUGUGCACUCUGAAUCCUGAAUUUCAAAACACUUUGUUUUUAUUUACACAGCAUCCCAACUUUUUU